AUGGACGAGAAAGUCAGAUGUGAGGCGACAACCUAUAUUUACAUUCACCAACACUGUCCGGAUGUCCCCAUCCCCAUGCUCUUGGGCUUCGGCGCCUCUACCGAAAUCUACGCUAAAUACAAGAAGUUCACACCUCUUGAGAAUGCUUCAUUCUUAUACCGGCUCUGUCGAUCGUUUGCCAACCGACUGUGCACCUUUGCGAGAUUCCCAUUAGCGUCGUCUUUUGCCCGGGAUUGUCGAACAUUAUCUCUAUGUGUGGGUUACCUUGUACUGGAGUACAUUGAGCGUGGGCAAAUGCUCUCUGAAACAUUCGAUUCUCAAAUAUACGAUCCAUCACGGCGGCGGAACCUAUUCAAGGAUCUGUCCGGUAUCAUAGUGUCGUUAGCAAAGAUUCCCCAGCCUCGAAUUGGCUCCUUUACCAUUGAAGAUCAGGGAUACAUAUCACUCUCCAAUCGCCCUUUAACUUUCCAACUCCAAGCACUCGAAAAUGAAGGCAUUCCAACAGGUAUUAACCCUUUACGAACCAACGAAUACACCGAGAGUUACGUGCUGGAUCUCCUAGCGUACCAUGACAGCCGCCUUCUGCAUCAGCCAAACUCCAUGAACGAUGAGAAGGACGGGAGGCGACAGAUGUCCGCCGUAGGUCUAAUGAGGUCCACCAUGCCCCAGUUCAUCAACCCCAAGACCACACGAGGCCCGUUUUUCCUCGGUCUCACGGAUCUGCACCAGAGUAACAUCUUCGGCAACGAGCAGUGGCAAGUCGAGAGUCUGAUAAACUUGGAAUGGGCGUGUUCACACCAUUCCGAGAUGCUGAGACCGCCUUACUGGUUGACCGGGUAG